CAUAGAGUGGAUGGUUUAUCACCAUAGAUGUUCUGUCAAAACGGUUUCCCCCAAAGUUUAGAUUGUUGUUUUACACCUUAGUCCAGAGUGUGAGACAAGUGGUGUCAUGGCCCAUCCGGAGAAUGGAGAUGAGAACGGGCGAUGGGAAAGGGAUGAGGAGGCGGGAGAUAGAGAAGGCCGAAGCGGGAGAACUAGAACAUCUACUGUAUUUGUUGGUACAGGAAACCUUGGAAAUGCAUCUCGCCCUGAGAUGCGAGAACUGCUGGGUGAAUUCCGAUCACUGUAUCAGGAACGAUUACACCGGUUAGAAGCUUUAACUGAUGGAAGAGAAGAAACUCUUGAGUUGAAGGUGCAGAUUCUUCAGUCUUACAUCAAUGACUUAAGUGAACAAAAUGAUGUUCUGAUUCAGGCAACGGAGGAGCAUGAAAGAGAAGCUAACCGAAGAGUAGUUGCUCUGGAAAAAGAUCUGCAGGUACCAAGAUAUGGCAAUAUCAGAAGACUGAUUAUUGACUACAAGAAGAAGAUAUUGGAGGUUCAUGAGCCGGGUCUCAUCAAGGUUACAGAGGUGGAGAGGGAUCUGCGACUUAAACUUGGGUCCUGUGAGGAAGAUGUUUUAAAGUUACAAUUAGAGAACACAACCCUAAAGACAGAAAACUGCAAUCUAAGAACUGUUCUACAGCACACCAGAUCAAGACAGUUCUCGUCGGUAAUGCUGUGUGCGAUGCCAACUGAACACCUUUCGGGAUCCACGGCAACACUUCCACCCACAAACUCAGAUGAUGUUAUGAUGGAAUAUGAAGAGGUCAAAUCCCAGAUGGCAGCAAAAGAACAGAUGAUUCAAAGCUUACAAACCCAACUUCGAGAAGCUGUUUAUCAACAACAGCAGUCAAAAUAUGAGGUAGUUGAUAAAGAUCAAAAAAUUCAGGAGUUACAGGACACCAUAACUGAAUUACAUAAUGAGAUGGCUGUGAAAGACACAGAGAAGCUGAAUCAGCUGCAGGAUAUCCACCACCUGGAAAGCAAGAUCAAAGCCUUGAAACAGCUUGGAAGUCUUCACAGUACACAAGAGAACGAAAUUAUGUCCUUCAGAGCCAAUAGUCUACUGAAACUUGAGCUCGAGCGACGUGAUGAUACAAUCCUACAUCUCCGUAAAGAGGUCCUCCUUUUACAAGAGAAAAGGGAUGAGUUAACAGCUGAGUUGGAUGUACAGGAAAAGAAGAUUUACCAUCUUCAGGCACAGCUAAGAGAAGGAGAAGCUAAGCUGGAACAAAAGCAGAGCUGCCUGCAACAGCUGAAAGAGGAGCUAGAGACCACCAAGGGGCUGCAUAAAGAGGUCCAAAAGCAGUUUGCAGAUAACAAGGAAUUUCUUGUUCAGGUUGAAGAUGAGAACAAGGCACUGAAGGCUUCCAGUUUGGAAUAUAGCACAGAGAUUGCCAAGCUCACAGCCACUAUUCAAGAUCUUAAGCUGAAUUCUCAAAAAGCCAAAUCAGCUUUAACUGCAGAGGCAGCACAAAGAUCCAAAGAAUUGCUGUCCGCAAGAGAAGAGCUUGAGGAGAAAUUGUCAGAGACACUGGCAGAGCUCAGUGAGAAAGAAAAGACCAUAUACAAUCUACGUGUGAAAGUGCAGGAUGCCAACCUAUGGGCGGAAGAGACUAAGGUGCGGUUAGAAGAGGUGGAUGCUGAAAUGAAAACAAUGAAAACAAAAUAUAAUCUUGCAAUGAAUGAGGUUGCAGUAAAGGCAGAACAACUACGGAUAAUUAAUGGUGUACAUGAAGACUUGAAAGUGACUGCUACACAGUAUGAAGAAAGAAUUCAUGAGAUGGAGUCAAAACUCUGCCAAAAGCAGAAUAAUCAGGACCAGGCUAAAGAUAAGAUGAUACGACUUGAACAGAUAAUCAAGCAGCUUGAGGAUGAGAGAGCCCGACUGCAGGAACAUUGUCAUGAAUUGACUGAAGAAAAUGGGCAGCUUCAUGUACAGCUAGAGAUGGAGAAUUUAGCUGUGCAGACUGAGCAGAAUAUGAUGUCAACAGAGUUACGUAGGAAAGAAGGAUUGAUUCACAAGCUAAAAAAUGAAAGGAUUGUCAUGCAGGACAAAGCGAAUGAGACUAAAGAAACAAUGGAACAUCUAAGGCAACAGCUUAAAGCAGCAGAGAUGGAGAGAGAUGACAGCAUUAAGGCAAUGCAGAACUUAGAGAGACAGCUGCAAGAUUAUAGAUCUCUCCAUCUUGAAUCCACAAAAGAGGUGCAUCGAUGUGAGGAUACAAUUCGACAGUUGAAUGCGGAACUCUUAUCUAUCCACAAUACCCAGGAUUCAGUUGAGAAGAGAUCAGCACAAAAAGAUGAGAUGAUAUACCAACUGCAAAAUGAAAUUCAGACUCUACAUAGUGAAAUCUUGAAGCUUCAAAGCAAGGUUUCAAACAGAGAAGAGAAGUUGUCCACCUUGCAGAGCAGCAGAGAGAAUUUGCAACAUCAAUAUAGCAGUUGCUAUUCUGAGCUGUUGCUCAAAAAAGAUAACCUGGAAAAGGUGAAGAAAGAGCUUGAAGCUGCAAUUGAAGAAUCAAUCCAACGUGCACUUCAGCUGUCCAACUUUACCUUGGAGAAGCAGAAGCUAGACAUGGAUUUGACUGUAUUACAUGAGAAAAACAAAGCAUCUAAACAAGAGAUUCACAUCAGGGAUCAAACUAUUCUGAAGCUGGAAUCAGAGUUAAAAACUGCCAAGGAAAACUUGAGGAAUGCAAAGGAGGAACUCACACUCCAGCAAGGCGUAGCAGCUAAUUUAAAAGCAAAGGUAAAAACUCUACAGGCUGAAGAACAGAACUUACGCGAAGCCUGCAGAGAGCAUGAUAAGAAAAUGCGUCAGCAGGAGAAGGCUUUACAGGACCUCCAGCAUGAGAAGAUCAUCAGUGACCAGCAGAACCAGAAUCAAGAGAGAUCCAUUUAUCAGCUUCAGAAGGAAUUGGAAGUUCUCAAGCAUACCCACGAGUGUGGUGUGGAUCAUUUUACUCAUGAAUCUGCUCAACUCCGGAAAGAACUUAACUCAUCUUCAAAGGAAUUACAGGACAAGAUGACUAAACUGCAACAGUACAAGUCCACAGUUGACAGGCUAAAUUCUGAUUUACAAAAUGCAGAGGAGCAACACCAAGAGAUGCUCCAUGAAAUAUCCCAGUUCAAAGACAUUGUGCACAAACAAGAACUAGAAAUGGCUCAGUUUAGACAACAGCAGCUUGACUCUGAAAAUCAAAUUGCUACAGUCAAUGAAAAGUGCAAAUCACUUGAAACCAAAUUGGAUCUUUAUAAACAAAAACACCAAACUUCUGUUAACAAAAUGACAGAGCUGGAAAGUGCAAAGCAACAACUGCAAGCAGACUUGCAAGAUAAAAACAAACAGCUUUGUAGUCAAGAUGAGAUUCACCAAAAGCUACGAAAUGAGUUGAUUACAGUGAAACAUCAGUGUGAAAACAAAUGCAGACAAGUGGAGAAUUGCGAGGAUGCAAUUGAUAAUUUGACUCAACAGCUGCAAGCUGCACAAAAAGAUCUGUCCGCACACAGAGUACAUGGUGUCCAGUGUGAGGAGGUCAUCCGUAGUCUACGGGACCAGGCUGCAGUUCACCACAAUGAGGCUGCCAGUUGGGAAGAAAAUGUAGUAAAACUCCAAGCAGAUUUUGCUUCCUACAAAGCCACACACAGUCAUGCUGAUACGGAGUACAAUUUCCAGUGUGCUCAUCUUGAACAACUAAAGAAGGAUUUUGCCCAAGCCAAUACUCAGAACUCUGAAUAUUUUCAGGAGAUCAAAAAAUACCAAGAAAUAGUGCAUAAAAUGAACCUGCAGUUAACUACUGUAACCGGACAAAAGGACAAUGAGAUAACACACUUGGAGAAGUUUGCUCAAAACCUGCAACUUGACAAGGCGUCUGAUUUACAAAAACACCAGAUGGAGACAGCUAAACUGGGACAGCAGAUUAUGAAACUGGAGAAUAAUCUCCACAACUGUCAAAAACUAUGCACCCAACAAGAACAGGCAAUACAGAAGAGAGAUGACCUCUUGAGAAAGUCCGAAGCAGACCUGCUCCAGGCUCGUGAUAGUAUCAAAGGGAAGGUAAGAGAAAUUGAGAAGCAAGGCAGCAUGGUGAAAGCCUUAACAAUGGAUCUUCAGAGGCUGGGAAAAGAAAUGCAGCAAAAGGAAAAUGAUAUCAAUUCCAUCAAGUCUGAGAGAGAGCAGCUGAAACAGGAUCUACAAAAGACCAACAAACAACGUAGAGAGCUCGCACAGGAGCUGGCACACCAAGAGGAGAAACUUUUAUUGAUGGAGAACAGCCUGCAGACCUCACAGCAUCAACUCAGUGAUCGUAUUGCAGAAACAGUACAACAUGAACAGGCAAACCGGAAAUUACAGUCUGAACUCAAAGCACUGAAAGAGCUGUCAGUUAAGAACCAAAAGGAGAAAGAAUAUUACAGGACACAGAUUGAAAAACUCAAAAUUGAGAAUGCCCAGCAUAAACAGAGUCAAGAAAAUACAGUCAGGGAAGAACUGAUACGUCAGCAAUCAAUUUACAAGAUGGAGAUAGAAGUCAAUAGCAGCAGAGAACAAAUUAAAACAUUACAAGACCAGAUUCAACAGAGGGAAGAGGAGCGCAACCGAUUGCAGGAAGAAUUAAAAAUAGAACAGACCAGAAAACAAGACUUACAAAGGCACUUUCAGAAAAUGAAAGAUCAACUAGGAGAGCUGGAAAGAGAAACUGAAAAUCAGAAUGCAAAGCUUAAAGCAAAUGUAUUGGUGCUGAGGGAGAGAGAGGAUUGUAUAUUGAGUCUUGAAAAUAGUUUAGCAAACUUGCAGAAGAAGCACCAAGUUCUGUGUAACAAAUACAAAAACUGUGAAUCAGAGUUACAAGAUGCCCAGAAAAAUGUUUUAUCAUCUCACAAACAAAGCAAAUAUUAUGCUGAAGAGGUGACUCGACAUGAGGAUGCAGUUGCCAAGCUCCAGUCUCAGUUGGACAUAGUCCAGGGACAGGCACAAAAGACUAACCAUGAGUUGAUGUCAGCAAACAAACUCAUUUAUGAUCUUAAACUUGAGCUAACGACUUGUCAGGGCGCCCAGAAAGAAAACACAGAACAGUUAUCUGAGAAGAGCCGAGAGAUAGCAAGCCUGAAAAAUGAUAUUGCAUGUAAUCGACAGAGGAACAUGCAACUGACAGAAGAAAGUACGAUCUAUGAGGAAAGGAUAAAAAGAUUGCAAGGUGAACUGAAAAAAGUGCAAGAAUUGAAUCGGCGAGCAGAGGAGGAGGCACACAUUUAUGAGAAUCGAUUAAUGGAGCUCAGCAGCCAGGUGAUGUUGUCCCAGAGAAAGACCCAUGAAACCAUGAAGGAGCUUACUAGCAAGGAAGAAGAGCUAGUGAUGACGAAAGUAGAACUGACUUCACUUCGAGAGAGGUACCACUCCAAAGCAGAAGAGCUUGAGACCUUACGAAAAUCCUUGCAUGGUGCAAGGUCAGACAGUUCAAGGUUACAUCGAGAGAGUGAACUGGUUGUGGCAAAUGUUAAUCAGUGGGUAAAAGACCAAAAGCAAACCAAUGAAAAACUUGGAAAUAAGAUCAAAGAGCAAACUAAACAAAUUCUCCAACUAUCAACUGAAAAAGACCAUCUACAGGAAACAAAUGAACGACUGCAGCAGGAGAACAAGAAAUUGAGAGUUGAAAUGAAUGAGAAGAGAAUAACAAAUGAGAGGUUAAAGGCAUUGCACAGUUACUCAACAGAAGACCCCAGGGUCAUGCAUCAGCUCCAGAGCCAACUUCACGAUGAAGACUCAUUUCGCACAAUGAAAAGAACCUACAGCAGCACAGAAAACACGAGAAAACCCAAAUCUCUUGCUGCCAACUGGACCUGCAACUAGAUACUCGAAAAGAAAUACAGACUGGGCCUCGGUGUGGGCACACUUACCCUGUUCAGGCACCAGGGCAAUCCCAGGGAAUGGGGUGUAUCAAACUGUUGUCUUCUAUUCUGAGACAGUAUGGUUUGGUGGUUCACAAUUCAGAAUGAUAUACAUGCAAAACAAGUUUGUAUUUUGGUGCAAUGUUUUGUGAAAUGAAGACAACUACCUUUUUCCUGUAGGGUUUAUGUAUGCAGCAAUAAGUCUUGUUCAUUGUCUAAUCUUUAUAUAUUCAAUACAUGUCCAAGUCAGAUUUCAAAUGAAUAAGAAAUCAUUUAUUAGCAAUUAGUUAUUUAUUAAUAACUAGCACCGAGAUGUCUACCUGCUUGA